AUGAUAACCAGAGUUUAUCAAUUUAGCCGUGUUUAUGGCCAGGUCGGGAAAACUCGUUCCCAAAGCCAGGCUCGGUUUCGAAUUCUAAUUUUUAUUUUAUUCAGAGCCCUAAAAGUAACUACUGCCCAACGUUUUGAUCGUCUCCAUCGAAUUUUGAGCAGAUUAAAAUUUCAAUCGGAAGACUGCCUUUUUUUGAAUUUAUUUGUGCCAGAAAAGGAUAAAUUUAGAGACGCUCAACCUCUGCCUGUCCUCGUACUAAUUCAUGGAGAUACUGACUACGGUUGGGGAGGUGCAAAUGCGUUUAAUGCAACUUUGCUUGCAUCUUUUGGACAAAUUGUCGUUGUUACUCUUAAUUAUCGUUUGGGCGUUUUUGGUUUUUUGGGACGUUGUGAUUUAAACAGUUGUGCUGGAAAUGCUGGACUUUCUGAUUUAGUAGCUGCCUUAAAAAUGCUUUCACUUAUUUUGCCUUCAUUUGGUGCUGAUCCGGAUGCUGUUACUUUGCUUGGUUGGGAAUCUGGAGCAGCCCUAGUUUCACUUUUAAUGGCAUCUCCAAUUACACAACCUAAAGGACGUCUAUUUCGAAGAGCAGUUUUAUUGGAUGGAACAGCGCUCUCCCCUUGGGCUAUGGCAAAUAAUCCUCAAGACCAGUUUAUUCAAUUAGCCAGAAUUCUGCAGUGUUCUUCCACAUCUGAGGGCGAAGACUUUAUAAAUUUAAAAAACCAAAAAGAAUUUAUUUCGCGUCUUUUGGAAUGUAUGCAAGAACAAAAUUUACAAAAUUUGACAAAUGCGGCAAAAAAAGUUUCUAAUUUAUCGCCUACAUUUUUGAGUGCUUUCGCACCUUUAAUUGAUGGACAGGUUGUUCCAAAUCAUCCAUCUUUAUCAUUCUCUCCCAAAUAUGGUUCACUCUUCAGAGAAAUUGAUUUGCUUGUUGGAACAGUCCAACAUCCAGCACAACAUUUAAUAGCUGAUCAGGAUAUGCAAAAUGGUUUAAAUAUUGAAAGAAGGGAUAAAAUAUUGAGAACUCUUGUCAGAAAUAUUUUUGAUUUUCAUCGAUCAGAAAUUCUUCAAGCAAUUUUAAAUGAAUAUACAGAUUGGGAGAAUCCAAAGAAUCAUUCAAAAUCAAUGCGGAAUGGUUUAAUGGAAAUACUGGGAGAUUUACUUUUCACAGCUCCACUAAUUGAAACAGCCAAAGCCCAUUCACUUGAUGAAGGACCAAUAAAGGCAGCAAACACAUUUUUUUUUGUUUUUACACACGAAACAAAUGCUUGGAUGAAAGAACAGCCAAAUAGUGGACUUCAAGGCUCUUUUACAGGGGAUCAUUUGCCUUAUAUUCUUGGACAUCCUUUUACUGCUGGAGGAGAUUUAAGUGAUGGAAGCUUGUCAACAAAUAAAUUGCUACAAUUUUCUCCAGAAGAUAAACAAAUUUCUCGUGUUAUGAUGACUUUUAUGGCUAAUUUUGUUAAAUCUGGAGACCCAACUCGUCCUCUUCCAAUGUCUUCCCAAUCAAACAUUGAGGAUCGUUUUCAAGGCCUUCCAUGGCCUCAAUUUUCUUCUCAAACCCGUGAGGCUUAUUUGGAAAUUUCUACUCGGCCGCGUGUGAAGAAUUAUUACAGAAAUUCAAACGUUCAGUUUUGGAAUGGAUUUAUUCCUAUAUUAAACAAAAGAGGAGAUAAGGACAUUCCUGAGGAACACCAUUUCCUUCCCAACCAUUUUGAUCGUUCUUCAUUCUUUGGACAACCACGUCCCUUCUCUACUUACCAUAAUUUUGCUUUUCCUCCACCUCCAAUGCCUCCAACACCUUUUCCUAAAGAAUUGCGCAAUAAAUUAAUUGCAGGUUUUCUCUCAAUUUUUAAUUUUCUCUCAAUUUUCCCAGCAUAUACAAUCCCUCCAACAUCAACAAAUCACCCAACUCAAAAAUCUAAUGAAUCACCUAACAAACAACAAGAAAAUAAUUUGAUAGAAAAUACAGGAAAAGCUGGAUUAUUAUUUUUGUAUAACCCAACAUGGGGUUGGCUAAUUCUUUUUGGUGUUGGUUUAACUGCUAUAAAUUUGUGUAUUUUGGUUGUAUUUUCUAAGAAGUGUGUUCGUCGCAAUUCAAAUUCAAAGAAAAAAUUUAAUUAUCAAAGCUAUUCAACUUCUUCAAAUAAUAACAAUAAUUUACAACAACCUCUUCCUGGAUUGGAUAUGAAUUUUGCUGCAUUGCCACAACAAAAGAAAGCUUUAAUUUCUAAUAAUAAUCAUCAACAUACUUAUUUAUCAACAUCAUAUAAAACAAAUAAGCGUCAUUCAACUUGUUUAAUUGAUGAUAUUUUAGAAACAGAUUUUUCUACUAAAAAAGAAGAAAAUUUAUUAAAUAAUGAAUUAAAAAAUAAUAAAAAUAAAAUGAAUUGUGAAAAAAUAAAAAAUAAUAAAGAAGAAAAAGAGGGAAGGAAGCCUUCGUAUUUAUUAACACCUAAGGAGGAACCAACAACCCUUUUAACAACAUCAACAAACACCAGCAAUCAUAUUAAUUUGAAUAGAAAUUUUAAUUCUGAAAAUACUAAUUCUGAUAUUUUUCGUUUAUUUAAUAAUAACAAAACAACAAAAAAUAACAGAAAUUAUACAAAUAAUUAUUCUGAUGAACAAAGAAGCAGAGUAGCAACUUUACAUUUAUUAUCAACUUAUGGAAGAAGAAUAAAUGAAGGAGAGGAUAAAGAAGUAUUAAAAAAGGAACCUCUUCUAUCAACAACAACCAGUACUUGUACAAAAGGGGGAGGUGUUAGUUCUUCAAACCCUUCAAUGUGUAUUCCACAGCAACAACAUCAUCAACCUUCAGGUUUAAUCCAUCUUGGACCUGGAAUUUCUCCUACCUGCCCAAGACAUGGGCGCGCAGCUCAAAUGUUGUUGGCAGCAGCUGCAGCAAAUCGUUCAGGAGGGAUUGGGGUUGAUGGAGGAGGUAUCAGUGGAGGCAACAUACCCUCAACAACAAUAACAACACCUCCAGCCCUUCAAAUGAAUUUAAACAACAAUAAUUCUAUAAUGUCGACUACUACACAAAAAAUACAAGCAAAUAUUAACAAUAAUAAUGGCUCGUCUUCAUUAAAUGGAGGUGCUUUUGAUGGAAAUGGAAGUAAUGGACAGCAAAAACAAAGGACAAUUGAAGAAGUUCAAGUUUAG